GUGGGAUGACACUCACUGAUGCCCACACACCGGUGACCUGCCAGGCGGGGGGCCGUUGCCGGAGGUCUUUCUCAGCCCGUCCCAGACAGGACAGCCGGCCUCCGCCUCCGCUUAGUGAGCGGCGCCAUGGCCCCCGGCGUCGACUGCCCCAUGGAGUGCUGGACCAAGGAGGAGAACCAGAGCGUGGUGGUGGACUUCCUGCUGCCCACAGGGGUCUACCUCAACUUCCCUGUGUCGCGCAACGCCAACCUCAGCACCAUCAAGCAGGUGCUGUGGCACCGCGCGCAGUACGAGCCGCUGUUCCACAUGCUCAGCGACCCCGAGGCCUACGUGUUCACCUGUGUCAACCAGACGGCCGAGCAGCAGGAGCUGGAGGACGAGCAGCGGCGGCUGUGUGACGUCCAGCCCUUCCUGCCCGUGCUGCGCGUGGUGGCCCGGGAGGGCGACCGCGUCAAGAAGCUCAUCAACUCCCAGAUCAGCCUCCUCAUCGGCAAAGGCCUGCACGACUUCGACUCCCUGCGUGACCCGGAGGUGAACGACUUCCGCGCCAAGAUGCGCCAGUUCUGCGAGGAGGCGGCCGUGCGGCGCCAGCAGCUGGGCUGGGAGGCCUGGCUGCAGUACAGCUUCCCCCUGCAGCUCGAGCCCUCGGCCAGGAGCGGGGGACCCGGCGCCCCGCUGAUCCCCAACCGUGCCCUGCUGGUCAAUGUCAAGUUCGAGGGCAGCGAGGAGAGCUUCACCUUCCAGGUGUCCACCAAGGACAUGCCUCUGGCACUGAUGGCCUGCGCCCUGCGCAAAAAGGCCACGGUCUUCCGGCAGCCGCUGGUGGAGCAGCCGGAGGACUACGCGCUGCAGGUGAACGGCAGACAUGAGUACCUGUACGGCAGCUACCCGCUCUGCCAGUUCCAGUACAUCUGCAGCUGCCUGCACAACGGGCUGACCCCGCACCUCACCAUGGUGCACUCCUCCUCCAUCCUGGCCAUGCGGGACGAGCAGGGCGACCCGGCCCCCCAGGUCCAGAAGCCACGCCCCAAACCACCCCCCAUCCCCUCGAAGAAGCCCUCCUCCAUGUCCCUGUGGGCGCUGGAGCAGCCGUUCUGCAUCGAGCUCAUCCAGGGCAGCAAGGUGAACGCAGACGAGCGCAUGAAGCUGGUGGUGCAGGCCGGGCUCUUCCACGGCCACGAGAUGCUGUGCAAGACGGUGUCCAGCUCGGAGGUGAGCGUGUGCUCCGAGCCCGUGUGGAAGCAGCGGCUGGAGUUCGACAUCAGCGUCUGUGACCUGCCCCGCAUGGCCCGCCUCUGCUUCGCGCUCUACGCUGUGGUGGAGAAGGCCAAGAAGGCCCGCUCCACCAAGAAGAAGUCCAAGAAGGCGGACUGCCCGAUCGCCUGGGCCAACAUCAUGCUGUUCGACUACCGGGACCAGCUCAAGACGGGGGAGCGCUGCCUGUACAUGUGGCCUUCGGUCCCUGACGAGAAAGGUGAGCUGCUGAACCCCGCGGGGACCGUGCGUGGCAACCCUAACACAGAGAGCGCCGCGGCCCUGGUCAUCUGUCUGCCGGAGGUGGCCGCCCACCCGGUGUACUACCCUGCCCUGGACAAGAUCCUGGAGCUGGGGCGGCACGGGGAGCAGCGCGGGCACAUCACCGAGGAGGAGCAGCUGCAGCUGCGGGAGAUCCUGGAGCGGCGGGGCUCCGGGGAGCUCUACGAGCACGAGAAGGACCUGGUGUGGAAGAUGCGACACGAGGUCCAGGAGCACUUCCCUGAGGCGCUGGCCCGCCUGCUGCUGGUCACCAAGUGGCACAAGCAUGAGGACGUGGCCCAGAUGCUCUACCUGCUGUGCUCCUGGCCCGAGCUGCCCGUCCUGAGCGCGCUGGAGCUGCUGGACUUCAGCUUCCCCGACUGUCACGUGGGCUCCUUCGCCAUCAAGUCCCUGCGGAAGCUGACGGACGACGAGCUCUUCCAGUACCUGCUGCAGCUGGUCCAGGUGCUCAAGUACGAGUCCUACCUGGACUGCGAGCUGACCAAGUUCUUGCUGGACCGGGCUCUGGCCAACCGCAAGAUCGGCCAUUUCCUCUUCUGGCACCUCCGCUCCGAGAUGCACGUGCCAUCGGUGGCCCUGCGCUUCGGCCUCAUCAUGGAGGCCUACUGCAGGGGCAGCACCCACCACAUGAAGGUGCUGAUGAAGCAGGGGGAAGCACUGAGCAAGCUGAAGGCUCUGAACGACUUCGUGAAGGUGAGCUCCCAGAAGACCACCAAGCCCCAGACCAAGGAGCUGAUGCACCUGUGCAUGCGGCAGGAGACGUACCUGGAGGCGCUGUCCCACCUGCAGUCCCCGCUGGACCCCAGCACCCUGCUGGAGGAAGUGUGCGUGGAGCAGUGCACCUUCAUGGACUCCAAGAUGAAGCCGCUGUGGAUCAUGUACAGCAGCGAGGAGGCGGGCAGCACGGGCAGCGUGGGCAUCAUCUUCAAGAAUGGGGACGACCUCCGCCAGGACAUGCUGACCCUGCAGAUGAUCCAGCUCAUGGAUGUGCUGUGGAAGCAGGAGGGCCUGGACCUCAGGAUGACCCCCUAUGGCUGCCUCCCCACCGGGGACCGCACGGGCCUCAUCGAGGUGGUGCUGCACUCGGACACCAUCGCCAACAUCCAGCUGAACAAGAGCAACAUGGCAGCCACGGCCGCCUUCAACAAGGACGCCCUGCUCAACUGGCUCAAGUCCAAGAACCCCGGGGCAACAGUCCAGCUUGAGGAAGAAGCUGCUGCACAGCGACGUGGCUUUCAAUCCCCCCAACGCCGCAGGGACGCCCUGGACCGAGCCAUCGAGGAGUUCACCCUGUCCUGUGCGGGCUACUGCGUGGCCACCUACGUGCUGGGCAUCGGCGACCGGCACAGCGACAACAUCAUGAUCCGCGAGAGCGGGCAGCUGUUCCACAUUGAUUUCGGCCACUUCCUGGGAAACUUCAAGACCAAGUUUGGAAUCAACCGUGAGCGGGUCCCGUUCAUCCUCACCUACGAUUUCGUCCACGUGAUUCAGCAGGGGAAGACCAAUAACAGCGAGAAGUUUGAGCGGUUCCGGGGCUACUGCGAACGAGCCUACACCAUCCUGCGGCGCCACGGCCUCCUCUUCCUCCACCUCUUUGCACUGAUGCGGGCGGCGGGCCUGCCCGAGCUCAGCUGCUCCAAAGAUAUCCAGUACCUCAAGGACUCCCUGGCGCUGGGGAAAACGGAGGAAGAGGCGCUGAAGCACUUCCGGGUGAAGUUCAACGAGGCCCUCAGGGAGAGCUGGAAGACCAAGGUGAACUGGCUGGCGCACAACGUGUCCAAAGAUAACAGGCAGUAGCGGCUGCGUCCAGCCACAGCUGGUCUCCUGGCGCUCGGCCUGAGAGGCAAACCGUGGUCCUGGGGACCAGGCGCCCUCAGGCCUCUUCAACCGGCCUAAGAGCCUGAACUGCACCUCUCGGGAAGGAACCACACAAUUGCCUUUUGUUUACACUGGUUAUUUAUUUGCCGCCGAAAUGUUUAAGGAGCAAAACAGCCAUAAAUGGACAUGACCCUAUGUGGGAAAGGGGCGCGGAGCCAGGCUCCGGGCUCCCAGCUAGCGGUCACCUCAAGUCUUCCGGCUGCAGGGCUGGCCCAGCGGACUCUCCCGGGGCGGGGCAUCUUCUCCCUGGGCUUCUGCUUGCCUGGGGCUUGGUGCCUAGCUGUCACCUGGUAGCUCCUUUCGAGACAGGACUGGGCUCGCCUGCCGCUCUGGGUGGCCCACCCGCCUCUCCUCCACUGAGUCCUGGGCUGCUCCCGAGGAAGCCAGGUACCCUCUACACUCAGGGACACUUGCUUGUCACUGCUGACGUGACUCUCGGUACGAGGAGGCCCUUACCUCUUUCACUUUCGGGUAAGAAAAUAGCCAGACCACUUCAUGAACCUGUAGGGCUGGGAACAAGCACCCGGUCCCCACCAAGACCACACAGCUUGGUCCUCAGGCCGUGCUAAGAUGGAGCUGAUAAGGUUAUCCUGGUCGCCACCCCAGGGAAAGGGACGGGUGGCAUCCUCGGUGCAGUGAUGUGUGAGCCCCCUCCUGGCCGUGUGGAAUGAAGGGGCAGGACCUGACCUCACCCAGAGUGCUCCCUGCUGGAAGGUUGCCGAGUCCCAGGAGUGCCCAGGAGCAGCAAGGCAGCACCUUCCCCACAGCCUUACUUGGGAAUGGUCUGGGCAUAGCCUUAGGCCUCCCAGGCAGCAGGGUGGGCAGUGCAGGCCCGGGCCCUCCCAGCCUUCUGAGACCACUGCAGCUGGAGGCCCAGGAGCCCGUGCUUCUGGAAGCCCACGCAGCCAGGGACAGAGCUCAGCGGCAGGGCAUGUGCUUCUCAGCAUGCGUGAGGCCCUGGGCUCCACCCUCCACACUGCAACCAAAAAAGCCAAACAGCAGACCUCCCGUGGCCACCCUGACCUGGCUGCUCAUGGCCGAGCCCCCAGCAGCCUCCCAAGGCUCAGCAGCCCAGGUGCCUGGCUUCAAGGGCCAGUGCCCAGGUCUCCAUCUUGAGCAAUUGAUGCCACCAUGGAGCCCCGGCCUGGUCUGCAAGAUGGGUGACCCCGCUCUGGCUGCCUGCGGGGGGGAAGCCGUGUGUACAUGUGUAUGUCGUGUUAUUUAUUGAAACCAGUCUGGGUGCUCCCCGGCAUGGGCCACAGGUUCUGCACACCCUCGGCAACUUGCGGUUUGGGUGUACAGUCUGUGCCUGGCAAGAAGAAAUAGUUUCUAUUUUUUUUAAGUCAUUUCAUGUUUCUGUCUGGGGAAGGCAAGUUCAGUACCACUGACGUGGGCUAAAUCUGUGUAACCUUGAUGCGAGAAGUGAAGGAAGGAGGAAAGAAAUAAAAGCCUUUUUAUGUUCCUA